UUAUUUUAUCCUCACUGCUGGGAGUGCUCUAAGACGAGGUUGCCCAAUCGGAGCCAAAUUCCAGAGUCAACUGUGGCCCAACCAAGUAGCCCUUCUGAUUUUGAACAUUUCAUAUUUUCAUCCCAAAAAAAUUGCGUCAAUUUACCAAAUUUAAAAUUUGAUAGAUUUUGCUAUUUUAUCUUAAUCCCAGAAACAAUGUAAUUCUAAACUUUAACGCUAACCAAUUAAUUAACUAUGAACUUACUAUUUCCAAAGUUAAAAUCCAUUGAAAGAUUUCCUCUGUUCUUGUUACGUUCAUACUUAGUACCAGCAAAUUUACCACAAAAUGCAACAAGUUAUUCAAAUUUAAUCGAAGAAUUCACCAAAUUCUGCUACGAAAGAGAUUUACCCAGAUCAAUAAAUGCUAUGAAAUGCUUGGAAAACCAUGGUUUAAUGGCGGAUAGUGUUGCUUACUCUGAGCUCAUCAAAUCUUGCAUUUCUAAAAAGGCAAUUGAGGAAGGAAAACUUGUUCAUAAGCAUUUGCUCUCAAAUGGGAACCAACCCAAAUCAUUUUUACUUAGCAUGUUGGUGAAUAUGUAUGUGAAGUUUAACCUUUUGGGCGAAGCAGAGAAGCUGUUUGAUAAAAUGCCUGAAAGAAAUGUUGUUACUUGGACUACAAUGAUUUCUGCUUAUUCUAACGCUAAGAUUGGGCGUAAGGCUCUGGAGUUCUUGAUUUUGAUGCUUCGAGACGGGGUUAUCCCGAAUAUGUAUACAUUCUCCUCAGUUUUGAGAGCUUGUGAUGGGAUGUUGAGCCUUAGGCAGAUACAUUGUGGUUUGUUCAAAUAUGGUUUAGAGUCUGAUGUCUUUGUGAGGAGUGCUUUGAUUGAUGUUUAUGCAAAGUGGGGAGAAUUAGAUAAUGCACUAGCUGUUUUUGAGGAGUUUGUGACAGGGGAUUUGGUUGUUUGGAAUUCGAUAAUUGGAGCUUUUGCACAGAAUAGUGACAGUGAUGAAGCUUUGAAUCUUUUCAAGAGGAUGAAGAGGGCUGGUUUUGCAGCCGAGCAAGCAACAUUGACUAGCACUCUAAGAGCAGUUACUGGGUUAUCACUAUUAGAAUUAGGGAGACAAGUGCAUGUUCAUGUGGUGAAGUAUGAUCAAGAUUUGAUCCUCAACAAUGCCCUUCUAGAUAUGUAUUGCAAGUGUGGUGGGUUAGAUGAUGCGCGCUUGUUUUUCACCCAGAUGAAGGAAAGAGAUGUUAUCACUUGGAGCACUAUGAUUAUUGGAUUAGCUCAAAAUGGAUUCAGUAAAGAAGCCCUAAGCUUGUUUGAGAAGAUGAAACAAACCGGGACAAAACCAAACUAUAUCACCAUUGUCGGUGUCUUAUUUGCUUGUAGCCAUGCUGGUCUUUUAGAGGAAGGGUGGUAUUAUUUUCAAUCCAUGAAGAAGCUUUUCGGGGUUGAUCCUGGUAGAGAGCAUUACGGAUGCAUGAUUGAUCUUCUAGGAAGGGCAGGUAAGCUUGAUGAUGCUGUUAAAUUACUGCACGAAAUGAACUGUGAACCUGAUGUAGUAACUUGGAGAACCUUACUUGGUGCUUGUAAGAUCCACAAAAAUGCAGAAAUUGCUAUUUAUUCUGCAAAGAAAAUCUUGAAGCUAGAACCAGAUGAUGUCGGGACAUAUAUACUAUUAUCAAAUAUCUAUGAGAAUUCUCAGAGAUGGGAAGAUGCCAUGAAUGUAAGAAAGACAAUGAAAGAAAGAGGACUUAGAAAGGAACCAGGAUGCAGCUGGAUUGAAGUAGAUAAAAGAAUCCAUGCUUUUAUCUUCAGAGAUACGUCACAUCCUCAAAUAGACGACAUUAUCAGGGAGCUGAAUCGGUUGGUUCUGAAACUGAGAGGGAUAGGUUAUAUUCCUGAAACAAACUUCAUAUUGCAAGAUGUUGAAGGGGAGCAAAAGGAAGAUUCGCUUCAGUACCAUAGUGAGAAACUUGCUAUUGUUUUUGGGUUGAUGAGUUUGCCAAGAGAAAGUGUUAUUAGGAUUAGGAAGAAUCUUAGGAUUUGUGGGGAUUGCCAUCUGUUUGCAAAGCUUGUUGCUAAAACAGAGAAGAGAAUUAUUGUGAUAAGAGACCAAGUAAGGUACCAUCAUUUUCAAGAUGGUAAGUGUUCAUGUGGGGAUUAUUGGUAGAUGAAUUCAAGUGUAGUAAGAGAGAUGAACAGUUGCAGAACUGUACUAUAUCAGCUUUCUGUGUGUCUCUCAGUAUACGGCAAGAAGAACUGUACCAUAGAUCUGGAUACUGUUAUAGUGACAACCAUUUGUUGUGAUACUAUAUGUGUAAUAAACUUCGGCUGCAAAUCUUAAUUCGCAGGCCAAUUUGAAAUUAUUUUAGGAACGGAAAGCUUCAUCCGUCACCAUUUGUUUCCCAUCAGUCUUUCUGAAUGUGUGUGUAUGAAGAAGCUUAGCAGUACGGUAUUUUUUAUCUGAAAUGAUGAAGUCGUGAACUAGUUGGUUUUGGUC